AUGGGUCUCCACAACAAGCCCAUCGUUAUCGAUGGUAAAAAUCACCUCCUUGGACGCCUCGCCUCAGUUGUUGCCAAGCAACUCCUUCAGGGUGAGAAGGUCGUUGUGCUAAGAUGCGAAGAGAUUGCUAUUUCUGGGAACUUUCAUCGAUCAAAGCUGAAGUACAUGAGCUUCCUACGCAAGAGAUGUAACAUCAACCCUGCUCGUGGUGCUUUCCAUUAUAGAUCACCUGGAAAGAUUUUCUGGAGAACCGUUCGUGGAAUGUUACCCCACAAGACUCCACACGGAAAUUUAGCUCUUAAAAACCUGAGAGUCUAUGAAGGCGUACCCACCGCUUAUGAUCGUGUUAAGAAGAUGAAUGCCCCGAUUGCUAAUCGACAUCUUUGUCUGAAACCUCGACGGAAAUUCUGCACUGUUGGCCGGCUUUCUCACGAAGUCGGGUGGAAGUAUCAAGACGUCGUUGGCAAACUUGAAGCGAAGAGAAAAAUCAAAGGAGCUGCUUAUUAUGAAAAGAAAAAGAAACUCGAGAAGUUGUAUGAGCAGGCGAAGAAAAACGCCGCUGAGAAGAUUGCGCCUUACCAAAAGAUCAUUGAGAGUUUUGGUUACAAUUAA